AUGGGACUAAUUGGUUGCGCCGACUCCCGAAUUGGCGCGGCACAUGGAACAAAGAAGGGAAUCUCCGGUGGUGAAAGAAAAAGGCUCGCAUUCGCAUCGGAAGCUUUGACGAAUCCUCCAAUUUUCUUCUGUGACGAGCCAACAUCAAGUCUGGACACCUUCAUGGCACAGAGCAUUGUGCAGACAUUGCAGAAAAUGGCUGCGAGGGGUCGUGUCAUCCUUUGCACCAUUCACCAGCCGUCUUCUGAGCUGUUUGCAAUGUUUAACCA